UUGAUGUUGGUGGAUGCGUACUUUGUUUCCCGCUACCUUUGAAUUCUGCCUGGUAGUGAAAUGAGUGCAGACUUGCCGUAAGGGUCUGAUUGAUCAAGAUUGUUUGGUAUCGGCACAGUUAGUAAUCGCAUUCACCAAACUCACUAAUUAGUUAAUAACAACGAGGAAGUGAAAAUGUCUAGUUCCGAUUUUGUCAACAUUUUAAUAACCACGAAUGCCUCGAAACUAAGAUGUGAAAAACACUAUCCACUUGAUAUAACACUAGGUCAGCUAAAGGAAAAGCUGGUUUUGGUUACAGGUUGUGAUAACCGUACUAUGAGAAUAGAAUUGCAUGAUAAACAGGAUAAAUGCUUAGGCCAGUUACUUGGUGAUGAGAAGUCUUUGUAUGAUCUUGGGGUUGAAGAUGAAAUGCAUAUUCACGUGACGGAUCCAACGAUUCCAGAUGGAGUAUUUGAUCAACCGGAGGAACCCGUAGAAACCUACCAGAUGUCAGCCGAAGAGUAUGCAAAACGUGAAGUUUCUUUAUUAGCUUGGAAACGGCGUAAUAAAAUUGGACAGUUCCGAGAUGUUGAUCCAGAGGAGGCCAAACGUGCCGAAGAACAGCGUCAACAGACGGAACAACAGGAAAAAGAAAAAGCUGAAUCAUUACCAGUAGGUUCUCGAUGUGAAGUUCAGGUUCCUGGUCAGCCGACAAAACGAGGUGUGAUAGAAUUCAUUGGAACAACCAAAUUUAAACCUGGUUAUUGGGUUGGAAUUCGUUAUGAUGAACCUUUGGGAAGAAAUGAUGGGAGUGUUGAUGGGGUACGAUAUUUUCAUUGUCAAGACAAGUAUGGCGCAUUUGUGAAACCACAAUAUGUUGAAGCUGGCGACUUUCCUGAAUUUGGAAUUGAUGAACUAGAUGAAAUAUAACGGCAUACUUUCUAAAUUUAUAGCAAGAGUCGAAAUAAGCUAUCCACAACACCCUUGCUUGUAUAUUGGACUAAAUGUAUUUGGACAAAAAGUGUACGCCAGCUUUCACUGUAUCAUAAUACUUUAUCAGUUUUACUAAUUUUUUCAGAUUUCUAUCAUGGUUAUUGAUGAUAAUAUGAAAUGAAUUAAAAUAUAUUGUGUUCGUUAUUUUUAAAGUGUAUCUAUGAUUGAAAUGAGAUGAGUAAACUGGUGGUUAGUUAGUUAGCUGUUACCGUAGUUUCCUCAUACUUCAGCGUUUACUGGACUGACUGUUUAAAUAUCUAUGCUGAUUUCUCCUCAUGGUAUACUUGUUCAAAAAAAC